AUGGCUGAUCAGCGGGACGUUCAAACCGGCGGCAGUCGGAGGAAGGAAAUAUCGUCCUGUUCUGCCACCGCCAUGGAGAUUAAAAGGAAGAAAAUACGGCAGAGCUCAUUAUUUCUACAGACGGAGGAUGCCGACGUGCAAGAAAAGCUGGACUUUGAGGUGCGGAUGCGAGAGGGAGCCUAUAAACUGCUCCUGGCCUGCACAAAGAGAGAACCGAUUCUCAACGCUUCCAAAAACCUGCAGACAUGCAACACCAGGAUCAAGGCUUAUCUCACACAACUGCAGGCGAAGAGAGAAGAACGGGGCGUGACGGGAGCAUCCAGGAGUUUUACAGAUGCCAUGUCAGAUGACUGCGUGCCCUGUAAAGGAACAGUUGCAAUAUCUGGACUUCGUAUUCCUUUGAUGUGGAGGGAUUCCGACCACUUCAACAACAGAGGGAGUUCUCGUCGGGUGGCAGCUUUCUGUCUGAUGCAGAUCGACUCAGAGGUGUUUGACACCCAAAUGAUGGUGGUGGACCGAUCUGUCACUGACAUCUGCUUUGAAGGAAUCACUAUUUUUAAGGAUGCAGUUCCCCAGUUUGAGCUGAAGGUGGAGCUGUGGAGCUGCGCCCUGGAGGAGGAGCUCACAUCUGUCAACACACCAAAGAAACUGGCAAAGAAGAUCCGCUCCUCCUUGGGAAAGACCUCUGGGAUGAAGCUGCGCCCUCUGCUGGACAGUCCAGACUCUGACUCCUUCCUGCAACAAAAUCCCGUCCCCUCCGGAGCAAAGUUCAGCUUGCUGGCCUCCACCACGCUGCAUCUGCCUCAGGCUGAAGGCAGUUUUCAGUCUCACUCCUUCACUGUCCUCCAAGGCCCUGAGUGGUCUUCCUGGCUUCCUCUUUAUGGCAACCUGUGCUGCAGGCUGGUGGCCCAGCCGGCCUGUAUGACCCAGUGCAUGAUGACCGGCUACCUCAGUCACAAGCAAAAUGUGGAUGGAUUGUUCCACUGCUACAGACUUUACUGCGUGCUGAGUGCCGGCGUUUUAUCCUGUUACUUCACUCCAGAGGAAAUUGAUGCUAAAGUCCAGCCCACCAUCAACAUACCCAUUAAUGAGGAUACUCGUAUCUGUGUGCUGGAGAAGGAGGCAGCAGGCCAAAAAUCUAGAAGUCUGUCCAUCAUCUAUCCAUCAUCAGAUGGAAGUCGGACCAUUGUCUUCAGCACGGACGCCGGCGACGAGAUGGACGAGUGGGCAGACGCCUUCCACCAGCACCUCUAUGAUCAGAGCCAGUGGCUGCACUGCUGUGACCAGCUAAUGAAGAUCGAGAUUGCAUCACCACGGAAACCAUCACUCUUCCUCGCCAAGCAGGCCGACUGUGUUUACAACGACCUCAGUAUAAACUCACCGGGGAAGUUUGAGAGCAUCAUUGACAUCAUCCACAACAAGAUCGAGGAGACCGAUGGACGCUUUCUCGUUGGUCAAGAAGACGAGAGGGACACGCCGAACUGGUCCAGUUUGUUUGACGGCUCUCAUUCAGUGAUGGUUCAGAAAAGUCUUCUGUCUCACAGCGACUCCUCCACCCCAUGUUCCAGUCCCACCCACAGCACCAGCUCUAUGCCCACUGGCAACAAGAAGCGCCGCGCCCCGCCCCCUCCACCUGGCAGAGAGCCUUAUGCUCCUCCCACGCGUCCAGCCAGACCGCCCCUUCCUGCACUGGUUCGUCCUCCUACACUUACAUGCCAAGAGAAGGAAAACUCCGACUCUGGCGCUUCACGUCUGCCAAUGAGGUCUAAAACCGGCAGACCGUCUUUAGAUGCCAAAUUCUCUGCCAUUAUCCAGCAGCUCCAGAGGAACAACGCCAGGGGUGCCGCGGCUCUCAGCCGGAAAAAUGCCCCGUUGGGUGUCCUCGAUGUGCUUCCUCAGCAUCCAGAGCACCAGGACAACAGCGCCAGCAUCCCAGAUGCUGUAGCUGGUCCUGGUCCUGGUCUUCUUCCUACACAGAGGACCAAACUCGGGAAGUCUUUCAGGGAGCAGAUUAACCUAAAACCAGUGUGACCUCAGAGCCAGACGUAUCCAUUUAACCAGCUAACCCCAUCGUACCACUAUUAAAAACACCUACAUAACACUUUAAAUGUUUUCACCCUCCAGUAGUUACAGGUUUAAAAAAAAACAUCACAAUAUUUGUGCUGUAGCUAAUUUACGAUAAUGUGAUAUUAAUUUGGACCUGAAUGUGGGAGCAGAUUUUGGUUUCACAUUAUCCAAAACAACUAAAAGACAAGGUGACAUCUGAUGCUACAUCCUAUUUCAUAUUGAUACAUCUCCAACAGCAAACAUCUAGGGAAAGCCUUCGAUGAUUAAAAGCCGCACGUUGGCUUCAGCGGCUUCAUCAUUAAUUCCACCGAAACGGAAAAGCUUAUUACUCAGCAAACACACUAAAACUGGAACUGAUCCACUGGCCGACAGUCAGGUCCAUAAGUAUUUGGACGGUGACACGUUGGCUGUAAUGUAGCUUGUGCACACCGCCACAGUGGAGCUGGAAUGAAACGAUCAAGAUGUGAUUGUAGUUUCAACUUCAGAUUUAACUUAAGGGGGAUUAACAAAAACAUCA